ACUUGGCAACGCAAGGACGCUUCUUGUACGUUUUUUUUUACUCAACCUUAAAUUUUGUUUCAAUUCAGAUUUUGAGAAGAAUAAAUUCAACUCGAAUCGGACUACAUCUUUUUGAUCAAGUACACACUGUAAAAUCACUUAAAACAAAAUGUCAAUCGGAGUCCCCAUCAAAGUGUUGCACGAAGCCGAAGGACACAUUAUCACCUGUGAAACAAAUACCGGUGAAAUUUACAGAGGCAAAUUGGUCGAAGCCGAAGAUAAUAUGAACUGUCAAAUGACUAAUAUAACCGUAACUUACAGGGAUGGUAGAGUUGCUCAACUGGAAAAUGUUUACAUCCGUGGAUCAAAAAUUCGUUUCCUAAUACUGCCUGACAUGUUAAAAAAUGCACCCAUGUUUAAAAGACAGGGUGCAAAAGCUGCCAGUUCUGCUGCUGCAUCAGGAAGAGGAAAAUCUGCCAUUCUCAGAGCACAAGCUGCACGUGGAAGAGGAAGAGCUCGAGGUGGAAGUUCAAGAGGCUGGACACCAGGUGGUGGAGCUCCUCCAGGCAGAGGAAGAGCUGCACCUCAAAAGUUUGAAGUAUACUCCAUGGGAUGGAUCGAUCAAGUCAACCUUCAGGACUUGAAAGUAAACGUUGCCCCAUCGGGUGGACCUAUCGCAGUGGUCAGGGACGACACGAAGUUAACACCUGUUCAAACUUCAGGAAAACCUAUAAUUUUCAUUUUUUCGCCAUCAGGGGAAUUAAAAUCAACAAUCAAAUGGAGUGGUGGAAAAAUUGUGGAAAUAAACUGGUCUUCUUCAGAAGAGCUUCUUUGUAUUCAGGAUGAUGGCAGUGUGUCUGCUUAUGACAUAUUUGGAAACUACCAAAAUUCCUUCCAAAUGGGUCAAGAAGCUAGAGAAAUGAAAAUUAUUGAUGCUAGGACUUUUUCUUCUUCCACUGGUACUGGUCUGGUAGUAUUGACCACAAACUUCAGAUUUUUUGUUGUAAACAACAUAAAAGACCCAAGAAUUAGGCGAUUUCCAGACAUUCCAGGUGUUAAUAUUGCACCUAGCUGCUGGACAGCAAUACAUGGUGAUGAUAGGCAGACACGAGUUAUAGUAGCCAAAGAGAAAGACAUUUAUCUCCUUGAUUACAGUGAGCAGCAUGUGACCCAAAAGAUUCCUGAGAUAUCUCACCAUCAUCUCUCUAUAGUUGCGAUGGCCGUGUCACCGUGCGGCAAACUAGUUGCACUACUAACCGAUGCCGGUGUGAUCUGGAUCGGUUCGUUUGAUUUUCGAAGGAAGUUCUGCGAACAUGAUGCCCAGUGUAUGUUACCAGCCGUCCAAUUGGUUUGGUGUGGAUCGGGUGCGGUGGUUUUGAAUCUCGGAUCUGUCCUGUUAGUUCUCUCGCCCAAUAGAGAUAACUUCACCUUAAUUUUGGAUUCCACUAGUCACGUUUGCCCGGAAGUAGAUGGGCUGCGCAUUAUUACCAAUAGUAGCCAUGAAUUUUUGCAAAAAGUCCCAUUACCGAAUCAAGAAAUUUUCCGAAUCGGAUCGAUGUCCCCCGGUGCCAUUCUCGUCGAGGCAUCAAGAGAGUUUCAGAAACGAUCUCAUCGGGCUGAAGAGUACAUUCGACUAGUAAAAAAUCAACUAGAACAAGCCGUGAUACAAUGCAUUCAAGCUGCUGGAAAUGAGUGGCAGCCGGGCGUUCAAAAAAUUCUGCUCCGAGCUGCCCAAUUGGGCAAAAGUUUCCUAUUUGACAAAGUCGAUUCAGAGCUCUUUGUCGGAAUGUGUCAGACAUUACGCAUUUUGAACGCAGUUCGUAACUAUAAAAUUGCUCUGCCGCUAACUUUUCAACAAUACGAGCAACUUGGAAAAACGGGUUUACUUAAUCGGCUCAUACUGCGACGCCAAUACAGCAUCGCCAUCCAAAUCUGUCAAUAUCUUCAGAUGUCUGAGGCUGAUGGCAUUCCACGCGUUUUAACAGAGUGGGCAUGUUACAAGAUCAAGCACGGACUAGGAAAACUGGAUGCAGAACAACUAGCAAGUGAAAUUUCUGCGAAACUUGGCACUGGUUCUAAAGUUUCAUACAGCAGUAUUGCACUCAAGGCAAUCGAAUGCAAACAAGAAAAAUUAGCAAUCAGGUUAUUGGAUUUCGAACACCGGGCUUCAGAGCAAAUUCCGUUGCUCCUGAAAUUGGGCCAAGAACCUCAGGCUCUGGCCAAAGCUGUGGAAAGUGGUGAUCCAAAUCUUAUCUACUAUGUGCUAGUCGUUAUGAAGGAAACCUAUUCUGCUGACAAAUUUUACAUGACCAUUCGUCAUUAUCCGUCUGUAAAUGCACUUUAUGCAAAAUUGUGCCGCACCAUUCAGAUGGGUUCGCUCGAACAGAUUUACGAGCAAGAAGACAAUUUCAAUGCCCAAGCAAUUCUCAGUGUUAAAGACAGCUAUCGCGCACAGAAACUUGAGAACAGGUCAGCGAUGCUAACAACUGCUGUGAAGCAGUACCGGCAGGCUAAAGCGGAGAUAGCUGCUAGUCUGACAGAAGAUCAGCUCAAAUUGCUGAAAAGCCAAUCAAGUUACGAAUCGAAAUUUGGCUGUCCGGUAAUUGAUGUUUCGUUAAAUGAUACGCUUAAAUUACUCAUGCGCCGAAGAGAUAUAAAAGAAACCGAAGAAAUGGUUAAGAAAUUCAAAGUUCCUGAACGGCGAUUAUGGUGGCUAAAAGUAACAACUUUCGCUGAAAUCGGAGACUGGGCCGAAUUGGAGAAACUGAGCCGACUUAAAAAAUCUCCAAUAGGAUACGAGCCAUUCGUCGACGUUUGUCUACAGUACAACAACGUCACCGAAGCGCAGCGCUAUUUACCGAAAGUGGAAGAGCAUCUUUCCAUCAAAUAUUAUGUUAAAGCCAAAAUGUAUACAGAGGCUGCUCAGAUCGCCUUUCAGCGCAGAGAUACGGAAGCAUUGCAUUAUGUUCAAUCCCGUUGUUCCUCCAACCGUGAUGCGGUCGACAUGAUUAACUCCUUAAUCGCUAAAUUAGCUAAUCCUUCAGAAAGCCAAAACAAACGUUAAUUAAUUGUUUCAUCUUAUUUCCUCGUCUAUUUCAGCACUACGUUUGCACGCCUCGUUUCCAAAACAUUUCCAAAUGACAAACUUGUUGUCAAAUAUAUGAUUAUAUGCUUAUA